AUGACCGUGCGCUGGCGUCAGCGUGACGCCAGCGCUGACGUCACCAACUCGGGCUUCAGCCCGGGCAAGAUUUGCCCUUGGGCUUCCUCGGGCUCGUGGGACCCGCCAUCAACCUGGGCUACGGGCCCUGCGCUGGAGGCACUUAACUUGUUCAUAAAUUAUGUUAUCACCACAGAUCCUGCAAAUGUUGAGUACAUCCUCAAAAAAAACUUUGCAUACUAUGGCAAGACCAUAUGGCACUAUCAUGGAGGGUGUCAAGUUGGGAGGGUUGUUGAUAAAGGAUAUGGAGUUCUUGGUAUUGAUUCUCUGAGGGUUAUUGAUGGUUCAACGUUUUAUCACACCCCGGGUACAUGGGGCAAAGGAUUCUGCAUGACAGAUUAG